AUGAAAGCAAUCUGGAUAGUUGAGAUAACUCAUCCUGUUGGAAGCGUUGCUCUUUCCAAUGCUCCAGAAAAACAAAUCGUCUAUUCAUCACUCGAAAAUUUCAAAACCACAAAAUUCAAUGAAACUCCAAUCAUGUCACCAUAUCAAUUAGCAAUUAUCAUCUCAAAUUACAAAUAUACUAGUGGUUAUUCAGAUUCAGGAACAUUAGUGCGAGUUUUUGCUCCAUCAAGUCAACUGAACAAGACAAGCCAUGCUCUUCAAGUUGCGAUAAAAGCUCUAAACAAAUUUGAGAUAAUAUUUGAUAUUAAUUAUCCACUUUCGAAGCUAGAUUUGUUUCCUGUCACACAAUUUCCAGCGUCAGCCAUGGAAAAUUGGGGUCUAAUUAUUUUCGAGUAAGUUUUUCAAUUAUAUGUGGAAUAAAAUUGGAAAAUUCCUUUUUUUGAGAGCUUCUCAAGCUCUUUUAGAAUAAACCUUUUCAAAUGUAAGAAUUUUAGAUUUUAGGGAACUGUCAUUGCUUGGAAAAAAUUUGAAAUCUGUGGAAGAAGUUGUGAUUCAUGAAGUUGCUCAUCAAUGGUUUGGAAAUCUUGUGACAAUGGAUUGGUAUGCUGAUUUUUGGUUGAAUGAAGGAUUUGCAACGCUAUAUGAGACAGAUUCUGAGAAUGUGAGUUUUCGAAAAAAAAUUGAUAAAUUUGAAAUAAUAUACUAUAUACUAAUUGGGAAAAUUUUUUUGGCAAUAGUGUGUCCGGGUCCCGUUCUUCAAACUGUGUGCAUAAAAAUUGAUGGUCAAAAAAAGAAAAAGUUUCUAAAUGUUGGCAGCUCGAUGCGCAUCCUAUUCAUUCUUUCUCAAAAUGUCUGUGGGUGCGCGGAGAGUGAAAAGUUUGAAAACUCCAAUGUAUUUUUCGAUUUUAAAAUGUGUCGCUCGACUUUUCUCAAUUUCCACUCAGAGAUUCGCUGGCCAGCUCGCCACCAGAUCGCUGCGGCCACCUGGAAACCGCAUGGCCGCCAGGUCGCCUUGAGUUUUCUGGCGACGUGGCCUGUGUGUUUGAAAUUCUGGAAAGAUGGCAAGACAGUGGUUUUUACUCAAAACACUGCAUUUUUUACUGUUUUUUUCACUUCCUAAGGUUUCAAGUGAAAAAACAGAAAAUUAGCCAAAUUUUUUGAAAAUGCCUCAAUUCACAAGUUUUUCAGACAUUUUCAUGAAAAUUCAUUUUGACGCGGCGAAGUGGCCAUGUGGGCUUGACCUAGCCAGGGCUUGGCCACCUUGCCAGCAAAAAAAACCGGGCGACAUGGUUCCCAGGUCAGCCAGCCUCCCCACCUGGUGGCGAGCUGGCCAGCGAAUCUCUGAGCAGAAGACCAUAUUUGAUGGGACCUUCACCAUUCGACCCCAAAUUCUUUCCCAUCGAGGCGCUAAUAUUCGAUUUUUCAAAAAAUGCGCGAGUUUUCACGUGUUAAUUCAAAACUUUUUUCAUGCAAAAAAGAAUGAUCACGUUUUUAUUCGAAAAAAUUAUAAGGCCACGUUUCUUAUCUGAUCGUUCUAAUUUCUCCCAUAGUCGAAUAUUUUUAGUCAUUUCUCAAUGUAUCUCUUUCUCUAAUCGAAAAGUAUAUUAAUUAGAAAAACGUAAGUCAAACUACUGUAGAUGGCGUUAGCCAGCGAAGCCCUUCUAGUACAGUUUGAUGCAUAAACACUUUCAGCAAAUACUACAUGAUUACUAUAAAAGUUAUGCAGAGCAUGCCCUCGAAUCGCCAAUUAGAUAUAUAAAUACAAGAAAUUUGUGGAGCAAGUUUACACUGCAAAAAGAUGUGACAGUUUAUGUCAAAGGUUCUUCAGUGCUAAAUAUGUUGAGAAAGGUUAUUGGAACUUGGAGAUUCAGAAAAGGAGUUCGAAGAUAUUUAAAAGACAAUGCUUAUAAAUCAGUAAACACCCAGAUUCUCAAAAAAUAUUUUGCUGAUUCGAUGCCAGAAAACAGUCCAAAUAUUGAUGAUUUUUUGGAUCCAUGGCUAGAACAAAUUGGACAUCCAGUAGUUAUUGUGAAACAUUUCAAUAAAACGCAUAAUAUUUUAAGUCAACAAAGAUUUGAUAAUCAUAAAUUGGACUUUUAUGAUCAGACAUUUGCAAAACCAAAAUGGAAUUAUACUUGGUAUAUCCCUCUUUGGUAUAAGAAUGAUGUCAAAGAAAAAGAACAAUUGAUAUGGUUGAAACCAGGAGAAUUGAAGCUUAUUGAAGUUACCGAAACUACAACGAUCAAAAACCCACUAUGCAGAUUUGAUUCAACCGAAUCAAACUUCAAAUCAUUAAAUUAG